AUAAUUACAACUAUCUAUCUUCGUAAACGUAUAUGUCACCGCCAGCUGCUUACUUUUUUGUGAUUUAUUUUGUUUGCAUUUUGCAUUGCAUCGUUUGUGUGUAGGUAGGUAUUUGCAAUCAAGGCACUCGAACUUCCGUCUACCAUUUAUAAAUCGUCAAAUUUUUGUGAAGUUGUUAAAGUGAAUUUGUGAUCAAUCAGUUAAAUAGUAUAAUAAUUGGGAAUGUCGAGCGUUCCAAUCGAUUGGCAGUUAGGGUGUGUGGAGAUGAAGCAAAGAGGGGCUCAUCUCCUGCAGUCGGGACAGUGGUCCGACUGCACCUUCCUGGUGGGUGCUGAGCCCAACCAGGUCAGCAUAGCAGGCCACAAACUUAUACUGGCGAUGGCGUCGCCUGUGUUCGAAGCUAUGUUCUUUGGCGGUAUGGCAGAGAGAAAUGAUCCUAUACUCAUCUUAGAUGUUCAGCCUGAUGCUUUUAAAGCUCUUCUUGAAUACAUAUACACAGAGAACAUAAACAUUAGCUCGUUUGACAAGGCUUGCGAACUCUGCUAUGGAGCUAAGAAGUAUAUGCUCCCCCAUUUGGUCAAGGAGUGCACAAGGUACCUGUGGUCUGAUCUGUAUCCGAGGAAUGCAUGUCGGGCUUACGAAUUUGCCAGGCUCUUUGAAGAGAAUGUGCUUAUGGAGAAAUGUUUACAGAUCAUUAGCACCAACACAAAAGAAGUACUCAAUGACAGCAGCUUCGAAGAAGUGGAGUUAAACACAGUGAUAACAGUAUUUUCUUUAGACCAUCUGAAUGUGGAGAGUGAGCUAGAUUUGUUUGAGGCUGCAGUGCGGUACGCUAAGGCCCACGACAAGAGGCCUAUAGACAGGAGUGUGAGCCCGUUGGCCGAGAGUGGGCCUCCGUCUGGGAAACGAUCUAAGAGUCCAGGGCCCUCGACAUCCACAGAAAAGGUAGUGAAUGUGGAGAGUAGCCCUGAAAACAGUCCUGAGGCUCCGGCGGAGACCUGUAAGGCCGGAGACACACCUGACUCUGCGCUUUCGGAGGAGAAGUCUAACAAAACUGAUGCCAAAGACAAGAUGACAAUCCGCAGUGCUAUAGAACAGAUCCGCUUCCUAACAUUGACCCCGCAGCAGUUCGCUGAAGGCCCAGCACGCUCGUCCCUUCUUACUGAGUCCGAAGCUUUUGCUGUUCUGAUGAACAUAUUGUCAAGUAGUUCCGAUGUGCCGAUGCCAAGUGGCUUCUCCACGUGCAGGGUGCCUAGGAAACAGCUAAUUGGUGGUGGACCUCCGUCGAAUAUGCCGACGUUCACGGUGGACACGCCCAGCCCGGUGAUGCUGGAGCAGGUGUUCGGGGCGGAGGUGUCGCGCGCGGCGCAUGCGCUGCCCGGCGCCGCGCUCGUGCGCGUCUCCAGCCACGAAGCCCCGUAUUCAGGCGUCCGUAUGGUCAACAGUGGUGUGUUAGCCGGGCCGCGAUGUGUUGCCAGCGUGGCGAGGGAACACCCGCUCGUCCAACAAAUCGUCCAACCGAUCGGGCAACCGCACGGGCAACUGCACGGGCACGGCGACGCGCUCGGCCAACCGCUCGGCCGACACGGAGGAGACUGCAAACUGUAUUGUCAAAGAGCGAUAGUGCAGCACACGGAUUGUUUGAAUACAAGCGUGUUGGAUUGUUCGGUGACUUUUAUGGUGGAUAAAAAUAUCUGUCUACUUGGUGUGCAGGUGCCCACGCAGGCGCCGAGCGACGGCAGCGGCCUGUGCGCGCCGGCCGCGGCCGCCGCGGGCUACUCCGAGCUGCUGUACGCGCACUUGCUGGACGCGGACGGCGCCCGGCUCACCUACACGCACUACACCAGCCGCGUCCCCUACCGCCAUCUGCUGGACAUCAUGUUCAACAGGCCCGUUUAUAUACAGAGGAAUAAGGUGUACAAAGUAGGCAUAGUAUUCAACAAAGUCGGUUGGUACCCGAUGGGCACUUGUGCCAACCAAGUGGAAGCAGAAUCAGUAUUCUUCAAUUUCGGCAUCGGACAAAGCAGCGACUCGGUCCGCGACGGCCUCAUCCGGUCCAUUAUUUUCACGUACUAGCAGACGGUUUGCGCGCCAAUCGUGCUCUCCUGAUUGUCUAUGACGCUCCUUUGCUUUACACAUGGAUAAACGAAACAAAAAAAAUGUCUAUGACGCUUGUAUAACCGUGUGUAGCCGGCUUUAAGAAUUUGCUUUUUUAGUCUGGCAAUGUUUGUUAACUGCCAGUAAGAGGCUGAUAGUAGACGAAUUUAAGUUUUAGCUCGUACCUGCCAGUAAUGAGUCAUGGGAAUUUUAUUGUGUUUCGGUACACUUGCGCACUUGCGCACUUGCGUAGGUUACAGAAAUGUUUUGUGUUUAGAUAAAGUAUUACCCUGUUAUUCAUUAAGAAGUUAAAGAAUACUUUGUGCUAAAGUAUGUUUUGUCUCGUUCUGUUAGUGUCAAAUAUUGCGUAAAGUGCGACAGUGACAAAACAUACUUUAGCUUGAAGUAUGCUUUAACUUGGUUUAUGAAUAGCUUUAUUUGUUACAUUUUGGUUACAAAAUAUUACUAAUGGACUGUAAGUUGUUUAACUUUUCAAAUGCCAAAAUAAAUAUUAAUUUUGUCCUGAUUUAGGAUUAAUGUUCUCAGAUCACAUUUUGACUAUGUAUAGUUAAAUUAUUUAAGUUAAGUUGAAAUAUUUAUUUUAAGAAGGAUCUUAUUUUUUUAAAUUAAAUUCUAUAAACUUUAAUGUUUGAACAGUGUGAUUUUUAAAAAAUAGGUUAUGUCUACCUCUGUCUACUUGUCAGGCUGUCGGAAGCAUUUAACUUUUUUAAUCCAGUAAUCUAAAAGUGCCUCACAUUGUGCCUGUUUAAAUAAGCUCUUUUCCUAUCACCAGUAUUAAACCGUUCAUUAUUCACUCUAGUGAAAAAUAUGUUGUUAGCACUCGCCCGAAUCAAUUGUGAAAUAGAAAUAUUUCGCCAAAUUUACCGUUUUGAAUGUUAUCUAUUCAUGAAUUUGUCUGUGUAUUGCAUUCUUAAAUAGCAUUUUUGAGUUCAUUGAAACAAUUCUAACCUUUAAUUAAAUCUAUCAGAAAUUCUUAAUUUACAGUCUGUCAAGUGAAGUAGGUAAAUAAUUAUGGCGCCGGCCGUCUCCUGUUGGCUGGCAACACUGGGUGUCUUUACCAACCAAUCUUGAUCUAUUUGGCAAAAAAAAAUAGUUCGUUAAAAAUCCGUUAUAGGGUGAAUUUCACGAGCGUUUUGAACACCGUCGUGGGCUAUCAUUAGUGUUUAUUAAAUUUUACCAUAUACAGUAAUCAAUGUAAAUAUCCCAUUUUAUAAAUAAGUAAAGUACUGGUACAAUGUUAACUUUAUGUUUAAUUAAAAAAAUAUAUGCGACACUAGUGAAACUCUACACGCCGCGUUCAAACAGUCGUGAAAUUUACCCUAUAUUAUCUGUCUUGACUGGCUGUAUGUUAUAUUUAUGUGGGUAAUAGUGUCCCGUAAUAUUGUAGAAUGCUUUAAUUAAAUAUUUGUUCCAUUGCUAUAUUAUAGUUCCCAAAUAAGGUGGAAACCAUUGCUAAUUGUAUACCUAGCUCGAAACAGACUGUAUUAUGUAAAAAUACUGUUAAAUAUAUCUUUUAAAAAUUUAGUAUAGUUACUUACUUUGAAGUGUGUGACACUAUUUCUGAUUUAAAAUUUAUAAAGCUGUAUUGUAUGAUAAAAUUAAAUGUGUGUACAAAUA